ACGUACGAGCAGCAGCGUCAGCAGCUGCAGCAAGGGUACGAGCAGCAGCAGCAAGGGUACGAGCAGCAGCAGCAGCAGCAGCAGCAAGGGUACGAGCAGCAGCAGCAGCAGCAAGGGUACGAGCAGCAGCAGCAGCAGCAGCAGCAAGGGUACGAGCAGCAGCAGCAGCAGCAAGGGUACGAGCAGCAGCAGCAGCAGCAGCAGCAGCAAGGGUACGAGCAGCAGCAGCAGCAGCAAGGGUACGAGCAGCAGCAGCAGCAGCAGCAGCAGCAAGGGUAGCAGCAGCGCAGCAGCAAGGGAGCAGCAGCAGCAGCAAGGGUACGAGCAGCAGGGCCCAUCAGAGCCGUACCAGCAGCAGCAGGUCUACCGGCAGCAGCAGGCGCAGCAGCCACAGGAGCAGUUUCAGAUUGAGCAGCAACAGCAGCAGCAGCAGCAGCAGCAGGUAGAUCAUCCGUAUUUUCUCGACUUUAUGCACCAGCAGCAGCAGCCGCACGAUCAGCAGCAAUUGCAGCCGCCAGAGGAGCUGCAGCAGGUGGGGCAGCAUGCAGAGGAAAACGAUUUUCAGACGCAGCUACACCCGUUCUACACCCAGCAGCAGCAGCAGCAGCACGAGGAGGCAGCAGAGGAGGAGGAUCACGAGUUGCAGGGGGGCUUAUCGCUUGUCGGCUCCGCAGUGGCAGGUUUGGAACUCGUAGGCUCGGCAGUGGCAGACCUAGCAACGGACGGAGCAGUCCCGUUUGUUCUGGAAGAGGUUGAGGUGGCUCGACUGGAAGGGGAGGCGGAGGAGGGGGAGGAGGAGGGGGAGGGGGAGGGGGAGGGGAGGGGGAGGGGGAGGGGAGGGAGAGGGGAGAGGGAGAGGAUUGAGAUUGAGGGUGCGAUUGAAGAACCAGGGGAGCAUGGCGCGGAAACAGGUGUGAAAGGGAGCAGAAAGAGGAGGAGUGUAUUGACCCCGAAUUACCCUCCGGAGUCGUUUCAGAAGGCGUUCCGAAUGAGCCGGGAGACGUUUAUGGAGCUCUGUGACAUGCUGGCACCGCUGAUUGUGAAAACCGCCAUCCAAUUCAAGGCAGCCACCAUUUCAGGGGACGUCAGGCUCGGAGCAACGCUCUGGCGCCUGGCCACAGCGGAGCCUAUGUAUAUGAUCUCCAAGCGGCAGCUCUCGGCAGCUGAAAUUUCGGCCCAUUUUCUGGAGCUGUGCGGGGUGGAUCACGCCUCUUGGGCGGCCCAGCAGCUGGGGAACGGGCAGCUGAUAGGAACGCUCUACACCACGCACCUCCCCAUCAAAACGCCGCCCUCCAACCUCGGAAAGUUCCUCAAUAAGCAGCACACAGAGCGAUUCGUCCAGCCAUCCUACUCCAUUGCAAUGCAAGCAGCCAUCGACGCCAACGGGCAGUUUAUAAACCUUUGCAUCGGGCUGCCCGGAGCCCUUUCUGAUGAGGAGGUAUUGCAGCAGUCGAGUCUCUUCCAGAAGGGGCAGGCGGGGGAGUUGAAGGGAGCCAAGCUGAUUGGCUCGCGGUCUUACCCUCUCCAGGAUUGGCUGCUGGUCCCGUACGACGAAUCGGACAGCGCCACAUGGCACCAGACGUCGUUCAAUGAGUGCCUGGAGAAGGGGAUCGCAGUGGGGAAGGACGCCAUUGGCCGGCUGAAAGGCCGGUGGAGGAUCCUGCUGAGGCGGGCCGAGGGGAAAUUGCACGAGCUGCCCCGCUUGGUGGGGGCGUGCUGCGCGCUGCACAAUUUUCUGGAGCAGAAGGGCGAGGCGUUGACCCUGACUGGGCGCACGAAGCCUUUGAUGACUUCAUCCCUGCGAAGAGGGCGGAUGAAGAGUCGCCGGUUGCUGUGGCGGAGAGGGAUGCGCUGGCCCAGGGGAUGUGUCAGGCAGUGCACGGGAGAUAUUUCAGGCUGUGCAUGGAAGGCAGGGGGAAGCUUCCUCCCCCGCUACAUCUCCGGUUGGCUGCAUGCAGUCUGCGCCUCCCCCAGAUGCAUCUGGGCGGCCCUCUGCAUCGUCAUCUCCGUGUGGCUCCGGUGGAUCCCAGCCAUUGAUGCCGUCAUCUCAGAUCAAGUCUCAGCCGUCCAUCCCAUCCUCAGGUGGCCCUUCUUCCCCUCCAUCAACCGCUACAAGUGCAAAAAGGGCAUUAUGCCAUUUUGUGGGUGUGAUGUUCGGGUGCUGGAGAAUGUGGAGUAUUUGCAACAGCUGAAGCGGCUAGCACAAGAGGGAGGGGUGGCAUCCGACGUCCUUUUCCUCGCGUCCUUUUCCUCACGUCCAUCAGCGACACUCUCAAGGCCCAGCUACUGUCCCACUGCACGGCUGUGGUCUGCACUACACGUCUCUGGUGGACAUUUCCGCGGGACAUCUUUCGUGGGACUACGGGACAUUUUUCGUGGGACUAGGCUACCCUUCGCCAUGGGACAUUUUCCGUGGGACAUUUGCCCCGGGCCAUUGACUUUUCUGUCUCGUGCAGAAAGAGCAUUUAGGCACCGAGCCGUUGGAGGCCAUGGCAGCAAGCAAACCACUGGUGGCGUGCAACAGUGGAGGGCCAAGGCCCAGGGGCCAACGCAGAGCAUACUCCAUGGCAAGGCAGGGCGUUUGCUCGCCGUUGGCCCUCCAGUGGGGCCAACGGAGAGCAUACUCGAUGGCACGAUGGGUUUCCUCUGCGCUCCAAGCCUGCAGCUUCCAUGGGCGGGGUAGCUCAACAGCAUGUGGAGAAGUUUUCUACAGAGGUGUUUUGGUGACCGCCUGCAAGGAAUUUCUUUGGGUGAUGUGUUUGUAUAGUACCUUGCUUGCAUUAAUUUCACGUAACGAAAAACGUUUCACUCAUGGCGAUCCAUGCUUGGAUGAAGGCGUAUGCUUCAGAUUUCAAGUUGC